AUGCUUAUUCGAGGAAAAGAUCAACGGAAUAUAUUGCCAGUACAACCAACUCAGCCAACUCCAGUUCCUGAAGUUACUGCAAAACGUCGAAUUUACGAGGGAUCUGACAAACCACCGUACUCAUAUUCUCAACUUAUUCGUUUCGCGAUCGAAGAUACUGUAGAUAAACGAUGCACUUUGGCUGAAAUCUAUUCAUAUAUAUCCCACAAUUUCAUAUUUUAUCGUGAGAACCGGAAUGCCAGUUGGAAGAACUCAAUUCGACAUAAUCUAUCCUUGAAUAAGCAGUUCAAUCGGGUUGAAAAAGCUGAAGGGGAUAGACGUGGCUGGUGGGUCUGUGUGGAUCCUCCAGCAAAAAAACCACGUAUUCUCAAAGGAUCUCCAGUUCGCGUCAAUCCAAUAUACGAGCACUUGUAUCAAAAUAAAAAUCAAGAAAUUCUACCUCAGACGGCACCUCCUUCUAAUUCGGUGGAUCCGUUCCUUUCUGAAAUAAACGAAGAAGGAAAUGAUUUAACGGAACGGGAAAUUCGAGAUCUCAACUUAUUCGAAUCAUACGACUUAAACUCUUCUUUCCGUGACGUUUACAAUCAGAUCUUCGAAAAACCAACCAGUCCGAAUGAGAAGAAAAAAGCUGCACAAAUUGACUGGUUGAAGAUAAGUUUGGAAGCAGCUGGACUUGAUUAUCACGAUGAACAGGAACUGGAAAGAGUUGAUACGGAUAAACUGAAAGAUUACGUUUACAAUGGCUUCCCAACAGAAUGCGACAGUGAAUCCUCUACUCCGAGGACUGAUUGUAGUCGUCAUUCCUCUUCUGAUUCUGGUUUAUCGAAUACAAUGCAACCGAUUCAAGGAAAUGAUUCUGACGAGGAAUACGAUUGGGACAGAUUGCUUUGA